CGACGCGCGUGAUCAAAUUCUUAUCCUCUUGUGCGGCUGUGCGGUGAAACGUGAAUUUCCCUCUCGAGUUUGGUCGCUGUUCAGUCCGGCGUUGAACGUUCAGACUCGAUGAAAUCCGGCUCUCUGCGCUCCUUGUCAGUCUAGCUUCGACUCUGCCCAGGUGAACUUCGCCGUAGAAAUCAAAAUCAAAGUCGAAAUUCGAAAAGCCAAUUCCAAGUAUUCGUCGUUCAUUGACAAAUACUUGUAAAGUCAUAUCUUUCGCGAUCGGGAUAAAAUUCGAUUCGGAUAAUAUUUAAAGAGGAUUGGUCAACGAAAAAGAAACAUGUGUAUGGUGCGCGUCCAAGAAACGUAUAAACUGCAGCCUGUGAUCAAUCGUAGUGAAAAUGAUUAAAUAACAAUAAUAAUAGUUGACCAGUGCUACAAAAUAAAAAAAAAAAAGAAAAAAAAUAUCGUGCAAUAUUUAUAAAAUAUGACGUUCGCGAUUUUUUUUCAUUCUUUCUUUAAUAGAGAAGUGAAGUCGAAGAGGUAAUAGUAAUAAAAACAAAAAUCAGGUAAUACAGAUGCGGAACAAUUUUAAUAAUCAAUUAUCUCAAUCGCUGAUUCAGUGUACAGUAAGGAGAUUGAUGACAAUCGAUAAUAAUAACGCCGAUGGUUAUAGUGGUCGUAAUGAUGAUGAAAGUGGUGUCGCCCAUGUUGACAAAAUUGAACGAAACGAUCAACGACCGCUCCUUCAAGUUUACACAUGCUGAUUGGCCCUCGAUGUGAAGGUUGCGUUGAAAAUUGCCAACGCAAAGUUUCCACGCACGGUGUUCACGGAUUUUCCUAUCUUCCGUGGAGCCCGGAUUAUCGACGAACAGCCGACGGAUCAUCCAUUUGCAAACCGAUAUUCGGUGAUAAAUGCCUCUUCCGGACCGUGGCUGAAAGCGAUAAGCUUCGGAUCGAUGGAGGAUUAUGAACUCGGGGAAUCACGGGCCGGCGGAAGUCAGGGGCCGUUCAACACUUCGCUGGGAAAUGUGGGAUGCGACGAGCCACCAUUCAAAGGCGCUCUUCUGGCCACUGCCUGGUUUCAGGCAGUCAUCUACUUCCUCUACAGCUCCAUAUUCCUCACGGCUCUCCUCGGCAACGGACUUGUUUGCUACGUCGUGUACAGCAGUCCGAGGAUGCGCACGGUCACCAAUUACUUCAUAGCCAAUCUAGCCGUCGGCGAUAUCCUGAUGACCCUUUUCUGCGUGCCGACCAGCUUUGUCAGCACGCUUAUACUCCAGUACUGGCCUUUUGGUCCUGAACUUUGCCCAGGUGUUAAUUACUCCCAGGCGGUGUCGGUCUUGGUCAGCGCCUACACUCUGGUCGCGAUAAGCGUUGACCGUUAUACGGCGAUAAUGUGGCCGCUUAAGCCACGGAUGACAAAACGCCAGGCCAAAAUCGUCAUCCUCUCGGUCUGGCUUGUGGCUUUGGCAACUGCCUCCCCCAUCGCCGCCGUUUCUCGGCUUGUGCAGCCCGCCGAGCAGUUUGUCAAGUGCGAGAGAUAUAUUUGCCACGAGGACUGGCCGACCAAUGAAUACAGGUACUACUACUCCAUGGCGUUACUCGUAAUGCAGUACCUGAUCCCACUGCUCGUCCUGAUGUUCACUUACACGAGCAUCGCGGUUGUCGUAUGGGGAAAGCAGAUACCCGGUGAAGCCGAGAACACCAGGGACCAGAGGAUGGCGCGCUCGAAAAGAAAGAUGGUGAAGAUGAUGAUGACCGUCGUGAUUGUCUUCACGAUAUGCUGGCUUCCGUUCAACGUACUGACGCUCGGCCUUGACCACGAUGACCGGUUACGAGAAUGGUCGGGAUUGCCCUACUUGUGGGUCGCUGUUCACUGGCUAUCCAUGUCUCACUCCUGCUAUAACCCGGUUAUCUACUGCUGGAUGAACGCCAGGUUUAGAGCCGGGUUUCUGCUGACCCUUGCACGAGUCCCGUGCAUGCAGCGGAUCAUCCCUCAAGGUCGUCGAAGAACGCACCAUACAAGCAUGGCGGGAAUCGCUUUAACCGACGUGGCCUCCUCGCACGAUCCGAAGAAAUGAUCCUUCCCUGAUCGCGUUGCAGGAUUGGAGGCUCCGGACAACUCGAUUCUCCGGAGGAUCAACACCUGCAGCACUUAUAUUAGCGUCAGGCGGAAACCUAGCGGGCAUCAUUACGCUCCUGCACGAUCCGCUAGUCUCCGUCACACGGAUCUUAUCUCGACGA